AUGGUUAAACGUAUUUUAAGUCAUCCAAAUGUUUAUAGUGGUGAUGGACGUGAUGAGACAAGAACGAUUAGAAGACGUUCAUAUGAACGUGAAAAUGAUGUUGCUCUUAUUAAUAAUAAUCGUACAAAUUCAGUUCCAAUGAUAACAAUUAAAAAUAGUAUAUCAGAAGAAGAACUAGAUCAGCAACAACCGAAAAAGAAAACUAGUAUAGGACCUAUUAAUAUUACAACAAUAAAUAAAUCAAAUCAAAUACAAACAGAAAUUCGUGAACAAUGGAGUGAAAAACUUGAUUUUCUUUUAUCAAUUAUUGGUUUUGCUGUUGAUCUUGCUAAUAUAUGGCGUUUUCCAUAUUUAUGUUAUAAAAAUGGUGGAGGUGCAUUUCUUAUUCCAUAUGUUCUUUCAGUUAUACUCGGUGGUUUACCUUUAUUUUAUUUGGAACUUUUACUUGGUCAAUAUUAUCGACAAGGUUCAAUAACAUGUUGGAAAAAAAUUUGUCCAUUAUUAGCUGGAAUUGGAUGGGCUGUAACUAUAAUUGCAUUCUAUACAGAUUUUUAUUAUAAUGUUGUCAUAUCAUGGGGUUUAUAUUAUUUAUUUGCUUCAUUUAGACGAAUUUUACCAUGGAGUGAUUGUAAUCAUGCAUGGAAUACAAAAGAUUGUUCUACUGUUAAUAGACGUCGUAUUUUUUUAGAAAAUUGUAUGAAUCAAUCAAAUAAUACAAUAAAUUUAUCGGAAAAAUUCUUAGAACGAAAUUUUCUAUAUGAAAAUUGUUCUGAAGAAUUAACACGUUUAAAAAUUGUCUCACCAGCACAAGAAUAUUUUCAUUUACAAGUUUAUCGACUUAAACCAGAAUCAAAACUUAGUUUAGCUCAUAUGGGAAAUAUCAAUUGGGAAAAUCUAGUUUGUCUAGCUAUUAUUUAUCUUAUUUGUUAUUUUUCAAUGUGGAAAGGAAUUAAAACAUCGGGCAAAGUUGUUUGGUUUACUGCAUUAUUUCCUUAUGUUGUAUUAACAAUAUUAAUGUUUCGUGGAUUUUUUUUAAAUGGUUCAAUGAAAGGUAUUGAAUAUUAUAUUCGACCAGAUUUAACUAAAUUAACUGAUGCAUCAGUAUGGGUUGAUGCUGCAUCACAAACAUUUUUUUCUUUGGGACCUGGUUUUGGUGUAUUAAUGGCAUUUGCAAGUUAUAAUGAUUUUCAUCAUAAUGUUUAUCGAGAUGCAAUGAUUACAGUAGCAGUCAAUAGUAUAACAAGUUUUGCUAGUGGAUUUGUUAUUUUUAUGUUUUUGGGUUAUAUGAGUGAAAUAUCAGGUCGUGAUAUAAAAGAUGUUGCUGAACAAGGUUCAACACUUGUUUUUAUUGUCUAUCCUGAAGCAAUAGCAACAAUGCCAUGGGCACCUGUUUGGGCUGUAUUCUUCUUUUUAAUGUUAUUAACACUUGGUUUAGAUUCAUCAUUUGGUGGAAGUGAAGCAAUAAUAACAGCUUUAAGUGAUGUAUUUCCAAUUCUUCGUCAACGUCGUGAAUGGUUUGUUGGAAUUUUAUUUUCAUUUUAUUUUAUUAUUGGUAUACCAAGUUGUACUGAUGCUGGUAUUUAUUUUGUUGAAUUAUUACAAAAUUAUGCUGCGUUCUAUUCAAUAAUUAUUGCUGUCUUAUUUGAAGCAAUAGCUGUAUCUUGGCUUUAUGGUAUUGAACGAAUUAGUGAAGAUAUUAAAGAAAUGCUUGGUACUAAACCAGGAAAAUUUUGGAUUAUAACAUGGUGUUUUAUUGCACCAUUAUUUCUCGGAGGUAUUGUCAUUUCUGGUCUUAUCCAACAUGUUCAUUCAGAUUAUGGAAAAUUAACUGAUCCAUUUUAUUAUAAGUAUCCUGAUUGGAGUCAUACAAUCGGUUGGGUAUUUGCAUUAUCGUCAGUAAUAUUCAUUCCAGCUGUUGCUAUUUAUCAAUUAUUAAUGGAACGAGGAAAUUUAUUAACAAGAUUUCGUUUAGCAAUAAGACCAUGGAAAGAACGACAAAAACAUAUAAAUCCUGAUAUAAUAAUUAGUACAAAUUUUGUGGAUACACAAUAUCCUACUUAA